AUGCCAGCCUUUAGAACUCUUCACUUGGAAAUUGGCUGCUCGGGCGAGUGUUGUUUUUUCCCCCCGCAGCCAUGUGUCGAAGAGCGAUUAACACUCGCUCGACAAAACCCAUUCCCGGGCCAUUUGGGAGUUGCACGCGUUCGCACCCGAGCUGGGGAGAGAGGGGCGGAGAGGGCGCGAACCGCUCAGUAUGCAGCAGGCAGCCGGGGCUAUAUAAAGCUCGGGUCUCGGACCUGGCGGGGGAAGAGGUCUGGCUUGCCCGAGAGCAGGCAGCCGCCUUCCGCCCAGCCCCAGCCCCAGCCCCGCCGCGCCAUGGAAACCUGGCAGCCCUCGGCAAGCGGGGCCGGCGAGCGCGCACGCCGCCGCCGCCUGCCGCCCGCGGCCCCCGACCGCCCCGCGCCGCGCGGGGGCGCGGACUCCGGCUGCGGCGCCUCCCCCACCCCGGCCCUCCCGCCCGCGUCUCCCGAGCUCCUCCCCUCCGCUCUCCGCCCCCCACCCGCCCCCGGUCCACGCUCUGCUGUGGGCUCUUCUCCCGGGUCUGGGCUCACAUCUUCCCUGCGCGCCUUUUGCCCCCCACCCCGCAGAUCCGCAGGCCUCUGGAGACCUUGGGUUGACGCCAGAGGCGACGGGGAGGAGGGGGCGAGGCACCACGCGGCGGAGGCGAUGCCGGAUGGCCCCGGGAUGACCGAAGCCGCAGGAAAGCUUUCCCAAUACAGACACCCAGUCAGACUAUUUUGGCCCAAAUCAAAGUGUUAUGAUUACUUAUAUCAAGAAGCAGAAGCUCUUCUGAAAAAUUUUCCAAUUCAAGCCACAAUUUCAUUUUAUGAAGAUUCUGAUAGUGAAGAUGAAAUUGAGGAGCUGAUCUGUGAAAAUUAAUCUGAUUAGUUACUUUUGAUGACAUUAAAAGCUUAUAGAAUUUAAAUUUAGUGUACAAAUGUAUCAUAAUCCUUUAAACUAAUUUAUUUGUAUAUAAAUUAUUAAUAAAAUGAAAUAUUUUGGAAUUACAAA